AUCCGGACACGAAGUUGGAUUCCUGAUGUUGACGAUGGCCAUGGUUCUCUGCCUUCCCUGUUCCUGACCCAGUGAAUGGAGCGCUGUGACUUCGGGAACAAUGCCCAGUAAUCAGUCACACGAGACAGCUCUCCAUACUCUGUAGCAAGAACCUGCUUGUCUCUCGCUGGUGCAAAAAUAGUUUGUGUUGAGCAAUAUAGGUCAGUGGUGUGUGUGCUUGAUAAAUAUAUAGAUAUGUGUAGUCAUUUCUGUGGGUGCAGGAGAUAUGAUACAGUAUUUGGAUUGUGUCUUUUCUUUUGCUCAUAACUGAAUCCAAAUAGACAUUAUUUGUAUUUUAAUUAAAACUAUUUUAGUCAUGUUAAGUAAUGUGGAUUACACGCUUGCGUCUGUGUUUUCUAUAGUUUCUCUACAAUCUGAAUUUUGAAUAUAUAAUUUCUCCCUCCUGUCCAUGUCCAGUGUUUUUUUCAGGGGGAAUGAGGCCCUGCUCUGUUUACAUGUUGUUUCCCAGAUGAGUGUCAUGCACAUCCAGAUACCGAGGUCAUUAGGUCAAGGGACAGGUCUUUUUUUGUUUAAAUACUUAAGCCUGCAGCCUAGAAAGAGAUGUAUUUUUGCAUUCAAAAUGUCAUGAUAGUUAUUAAUAAUAUGAAAUAUUUGGGGUGUCUCUCAGUUUAAUUUGAGAAAUGUAUGAAAACAAUGUUGGCCCUAUCCAACAAGCCUUGGAAAUAAAUGUUUUACAAAUGAAAGAAUGGACAAAUCAAUUGUUAAAUAUAAUAAAUUAUUAAUUAAAAGGGAUGAUGAGCAUUAAUAAAUAUCAGUGUUUGGGUUUAAUCUAUGUUGACUCUUGGCUGAAACCCCAGGCGAAGUCACAUGCUUUUAUUUUGAAGGAAUAUCUCCCAACCGGAACUUAUUUAUUUAACUUCCUGGUCAACACCAUAGACUGUAUUGGUCAACACACAUACGAUCUUCUAGCACCAAUUCGCCAGGAUGCAGAUAUGCAGUGUGUGCAGCGAACAUACGCCGAAAUACAGAUGUCCAGCCUGCAAAAUAAGAUAUUGUUCACUUGGCUGCUACAAGAACCAUAAAGACUCUUGCCUUCCUGUCGUUUCUGAAGUUACUGAAGCUAAGGAUUCUUUCUACACAGAGAGGACUGAGGAGGAUCUUCUGCAUGAAGAGGACAUCAUCGACAAAGUGCCUCUAGAGAAGCUCCAGCUGUUAGGUCAGUCCAAUGAGAUGAGAGAUCUUCUUUACAACCCCCACCUGAGACAGCUGCUGCGCUCCAUCGACAGCGCAGACGUUAAAGAUGAGGCGAUGAAGGCGGCCAUGCAGGAGCCUCUGUUUGUGGAGUUUUCUGAUCAGUGUAUGAAGCUAACAGCCAAAGGACGCGAUGAUUCAUAAAAUCACCCCUGCUUUAGUUUGUCUCUCACAUCAUUUUUCAUUAUAUUUUUGUAUAAAGUCUUGGAAUAAGCACGUGAA